AUGAGCUUUCAAGCGCCUCCAAGCCCGAGCCCCCACGACCCAUCACUAUCCUCACCUUCUUCUCCCGCGCCUGCGCCAUCUCCAACAUCCACGGCGCGUCAUUACCAGCAGCAGCAACAACAACAACAACAGUACCAACAGCAGCAGUACUCCCCGCAGCCGCAACAUCAGUGGCAGCAGCAGCAGAUCGCUAUGAUGAAUGGUAUGAAUGGGACGAACAUGGCUGCCGGGAUGCCUGUUCCUACACCUGCAGGCCACCAAGCUGAACUUAACUACAUCUAUGGUAUGGUUGAGGAGCUCAGCCGCCAACUUGCAGAGAACCGAAGGGUUACAGAGGAUAUUGUCAAUGGGUUGGGAAGAGUGAGGAACAGGGCGAGGGCACAGGGGGUUAGCAAUUCACAAGUUAUUGAAAAUGCUGCCGAUGAUAUAAAUGGCCAAGAACAAAACAUCGACGCUCUGGUAUCGCUCCUCACAGAAUCUCUAGAAAAAGCAAAGUUCAGCCGUGACUCCAAUGCCAAACUCCUCUCGCAAUACGCCAACGCCAUGGCAAACCUCCUUCGACAAUUCCACGAGUACAAGACCAAGCACGUCAGUGAUGUAGCCGCCUGGCACCGCUCCUACCGCAAGCAACUCGCCGACGCACGCGACGAGAACGCCCGUCUUCGCGAACAAAUCUGGCAGAUGCAAGCGCACGCAGGUCGCGCGAACGAGAGCCUUCGCGAGUACCGGCGCAAGUACGACGAAGACGAAGGGCGCUGGAACAAACUCGUUGAUGAGAAAGCGCAUCGUCAGGAGUUGCGAUUCUGGAAGCGCAUGGCUAUGCCUGAACUCGACGAUGAUGAUCCUUACUGGAGUGACGAUGAUGAUAUUAUCGACCCGGCUGAAAAGCAAAGGUUGCAUGAACUGGACCUCAAGGCGGCACAGGAGCAGUUGGACAGUCAGGCAGAGGAUAGUGAUGGACAAGGUCCGCCGCCUCAGCUGCCUCUACCGGGUAUGGGUAUCGGGAUGGGGAUGAUGGGAGGUAUUCCGAUGCAAAGGGAAGAUUCUGGGGCUUCGCAUGGUGUACCUGCGUUGCCACCUCGGCCGUCGAGCGCGGCGUCAAGUACAGGGUCGACGGGACAGUAG